UUUCAAACCAACUUUGUUCACCACUCCCAAAUCGCCUAAUUGCAAGUUCAAACAUGCCUUCUGCAACGGGUACGAAGCGUGUGAGGGGUAUCUCCGUGUUUCGCCCUUUCAUCUUUGGCAGCGAAGCACAACCUUUCGAUCCCGCCAGGAAACCUCCCCACGUGCCCGCCGACCACACCCACCAAUGGCGCGUCUUCGUUAAGGGAGUCAACGGUGAAGAUAUCUCCUACUGGCUCAAAAAGGUUCAGUUCAAACUACACGAGACGUAUGCGCAGAAUGUCCGAACAAUCGAGCAACCCCCAUUUGAAGUCACGGAAACCGGGUGGGGAGAAUUCGAAAUCCAAAUCAAGCUCUAUUUUGUGCCGGAAUCCAACGAGAAGCCCCAGACGCUGUGGCAUAGCCUGAAGCUUCAUCCUUAUGGCGAUGAUGCGGAAGGGAAGAAGGAGCGCCGGGAAGUGGUCAUCAGCCAAAAUUACGAGGAGGUGGUCUUCAACGAGCCGGUUGAGCAGUUCUACGAGCUCCUAACUGGAGGCCCUACAACGACGACACAGCCUCAGAAAGGGAAAGGGGGCAAGAACACCAAGCAGGCGCAGCAACAGAAAAAUGGGAGGACGGCGGAGAUCCCCCUCAACAAAACACCGGGCAACGAAUACAGUAGAGCGGGCGAGGCCAGUGAAAUGGAUCGCCUGGCUGAAGCGAACAAGACCGUAGAGCAGUUGAUCAAGCAGGAGAAAGAGAGGCUCAUUGAACGCGAGAAGAGGCUCGCCGAGUUGCGUGCGAGCGAAGGUGUUCCCGCCAUCACAAAGAAACGUUAACUGGUCUUGGAAAUCGAAUCAUUUAUGGCUUAUGGCCCAUGAAUUGCUUCUCACCAUCGGCCCAGGUGGUGGCCAUUAUCUUACCCCAGCAUACUUCUAGCAUCAGUGGGUGUUACUUGGAGAAGUGUUACUCCUCUAGCGUACGCCUGGCGCAGGAAGUAGCAUGUGCGAGGCGAGCCAACGACAAGCUUCAGGGUCUAUUCCUUCAUAAACAUAAGGAGAAAGAAUGUCUUCAAUGAAGACCCGCUUGAAACGAAGUCUUUUUCAUCAUCUCUAGGUGACUGACGAAACCGCCAGGCUAGGUUGCAUUUCGUAGCACAUCGUCAAAGCUGGUUUUUCUUUGAUGAUCUCUCACAUUUUCGCCACUCUGUCUUGAGUCAGACAUCGCGUCUAUCGCCAACGCCGAGCUUCCAUGCAA